AUGUCUGAGCAAGUCAUACUUGGGAAGCGCUCUCCAGAGCCCGACACGGCUUCUUCGCCCGCUAAACGACUACGCACUUCGCAGUCUCCCAGUGCUCCUGAUACUUCUGCGCCUGCAUCUAUACCUCACGAGCCUUCAUCAAAUGUACACGUUGAAGAGGAUGCCGGUAAACCUACGAAGGAGACGAAGGGUGGGAAGAAGCGCUCUAUACGAACGCGUCGCUGGGACGGCGAGAAGCCCAAAGGCGGCAAGCGCGAACGCAAUGGUUCGCGCAACGCUGAAGCUGUUGCUGUUACCACAUCCGGCGAGGGAGUUGCAGAAAAGGAUGGAGCGGAUAAGGCGCCUCGUCUUCCGAAGCGCCAAUGCGCGCUUCUUAUGGGCUUCUGUGGCUCCGGAUAUAAUGGCAUGCAAAUCCAGACUGCUGGUACUGGUGUGCGCACCAUAGAGAACACGUUGUUCGAUGCACUUGUACGCGCUGGUGCCGUUUCCCAGGAUAACUCGGAUAAUCCAACCAAAAUAAACCUUGGUCGUGCUGCUCGCACUGAUGCUGGUGUACACGCCGCAGGCAACGUGGUCUCUGCCAAGGUCAUCACCGCUAUACCGGACAAACCGGACUUUGUCGCGGCAGUGAAUGCGGAGUUGCCGCCGGAAAUACGCAUUUGGGGCUGUGUCCGUGUCCAGAACUCUUUCUCUGCGAGAACGCUCUGUGACAGCCGGAAAUACACAUAUUACUUCCCUUCAUAUCUAUUGAUACCGCCCAAACCCGGGAGCGGCCUUCAUGAGACGAGCGCGCUUGCGGACCGGCCGAUGCACCCGUUCUGGGAAGGUCAUUCACCGGACAGUACUCCAGUCGAAGACCUCACUCGCAAACGCGCCUGGCGAGCGACUCCGGAAGAUAUGGACCGCUUGCGUGCGGCGGCAACUCACUUUGAGGGCACUCACAAUUUCCACAACUUUACAGUUGCUCGCGACUUCAACGACAGAGCCUGCCAACGCUUCAUGAAGACUAUCGAGGUUGGAGAUCCGGCUGUGUAUGGGGAUCGGGACACAGAGUGGAUCGCGGUCAUGCUUCAUGGGUCCAGCUUCAUGCUUCAUCAACGUAAAAUGAUCGCGGCCCUCAUACUCUCUGUGCGGACGCAAACUCCGACGCAGCUCAUUGACGAGUUGUACGGUCCGAGACGAGUUUUCGUGCCUAAAAUGCCGUCUCUUGGCUUGCUGCUAGAGUCACCUGUCUUCGAGUCGUAUAACAAGCGCAUGUCUACUGUCAGCGCGAACCUUACACCGGAGGACCCUGCUUUCCGAGCGCCCAUUGACUUCGACGUUCACAAGGAUCAGAUUGAAGCGUUCAAGCAAGCUCACAUCUACGAACGCAUGCGUGACAUCGAGCAGCGGGGAGGACUCUUCGACGCAUGGGUGCGCUCUGUGGAUAAGUACACUGGCAACGAUCUUUCGUACCUGAAUGCUCGCGGGGUCAUUCCUGACCGUGCUGCUCUCCCACCUAAGGGACAGGCACGACAGAAUCCUUUCCGCGAGAAGCGCAAGUUUGACCUCACAGACUACAGCGCUGCUCAGCUGUCUGAGGUCAUGCGCGAGAACGAAGACGACGGAGCCGAAGGACAAGACGAAGAGGAGGUUGAGGCAGAAAAGAUGUCGAAGAAAGAGCUUGCGGAUAUGGAGGGCUGA